AUGACUUCAGUAUCGCCCUCGCCACCUGCCAGUCGAUCGGGCUCAAUGUGCUCCGACUUACCGUCCUCUUUGCAGACUGAGAAACUGGCACAUAUUAUAGGUCUUGAUGCCGACGAUGAAGUUCUCCGGCGCGUAACCAAGCAGUUGAGCAGAUCUAGGAGAAUUGCUUGUCUGACUGGGGCAGGCAUUUCGUGCAACGCGGGCAUUCCUGACUUUCGCUCUUCUGAUGGGCUCUACGACCUAGUGAAAAAGGAUUGUUCACAGUAUUGGUCUAUCAAGUCCGGCAGGGAAAUGUUUGAUAUUUCGCUAUUUAGAGAUGACUUCAAAAUAUCCAUUUUUGCUAAAUUUAUGGAGAGGCUCUAUUCAAAUGUUCAAUUGGCAAAGCCGACUAAGACGCACAAGUUCAUUGCGCAUCUAAAAGAUAGGAACAAACUGCUGCGCUGUUACACGCAAAACAUCGAUGGGCUCGAAGAAAGCAUAGGACUUACUUUAUCAAAUAGGAAAUUACCGCUUACCUCAUUUAGUUCACAUUGGAAAAAUCUGGAUGUCGUUCAGUUGCACGGCGACCUGAAAACUCUUUCGUGUACAAAGUGCUUCCAGACUUUUCCCUGGAGCAGGUACUGGUCUCGUUGUCUAAGAAGAGGUGAGUUACCAUUGUGUCCGGAUUGCGAAGCACUUAUCAACAAGAGAUUGAAUGAAGGAAAGCGAACUCUUGGUUCUAAUGUGGGUAUUCUAAGACCUAAUAUCGUCCUGUAUGGUGAAAACCAUCCAUCCUGUGAAAUUAUUACGCAAGGCCUAAAUCUUGACAUAAUUAAAGGCAAUCCUGAUUUUUUGAUCAUCAUGGGUACAAGUUUGAAAGUUGAUGGUGUGAAACAACUGGUAAAAAAAUUAAGUAAGAAAAUUCACGAUCGUGGCGGCCUGAUCAUUCUCGUAAACAAGACACCCAUUGGCGAAUCCUCUUGGCACGGCAUUAUAGACUACCAAAUCCACUCAGAUUGUGAUAAUUGGGUCACAUUUCUUGAAUCCCAAAUACCAGAUUUCUUCAAGACGCAAGAUCAAAUUAAGAAGUUAAGACAGUUAAAAAGGGAGGCGAGCGACUUGAGAAAGCAAAUGAAGGCCCAAAAAGACUCAAUCGGAACCCCCCCAACAACCCCUCUACGAACUGCCCAGGGGAUUGAUAUUCAAGGAAACAACGAAUUGAAUACAAAAAUAAAGUCGUUAAACACAGUUAAGAGAAAAAUACUGUCACCAGAAAACUCCAGUGAGGAAGACGAAGAGGAAAACUUGGAUACAAGAAAACGCGCUAAGAUACGACCAACUUUCGGUGACAACCAAGCCUCAUAA